AUGAGCGCCCUGGUGUUUAAGAGUUUUGUCGGCAGAACCGCUGUAAGGGCCGUCGGGGCCAUCGCGUGCAAGACCUACGCCUUCUCUCGAGUUCGGUACACUCCAGAAUCCCGCCGUCUGUACUUUUCCUCGUCGCCAAAUGGGAAACCCGAAGUUCGCAUCGUCGAGGUUGGGCCCAGAGAUGGGUUGCAAAGCAUCAAAAAGUACAUCCCCACAACCACCAAGUUAGACUUGAUCAAGCGGCUGGCUGGUGCCGGCCUCACCGAUAUCGAAGCGACUUCCUUUGUAUCGCCAAAAUUGGUUCCGCAGCUCGCGGACCACUCCGACCUCAUGCGAGAGAUGCUCCGUUUCCGGGCCCAGCAUCAGCAAGGACACCUGAACCUCCCUGUCUUGAUAGCGCCCAGUCUCAAGUAUCUCCAAAAUGCCCACGAGGCCGGAGCCGAAGACGUAGUCGUAUUUGCGUCAGCAACGGAAGCAUUCAGCAAAGCGAACCAAAACUGCACCACUGAGGAAGCGCUCUCCAAGCUUGAGGAUGUCGCCCGGGGGGCUCUAAGCCUGGGCCUCCGAAUUCGAGGUGCCGUGUCGUGCAUAUUUCAAGAUCCAUUUUCCGGCCCGACACCCCCCUCGGCGGUUUUAGCCGUUGUGAAAAGACUUCUCGAGCUAGGCUGUUACGAGGUUGCUCUCGGAGAUACACUCGGUGUUGGCACACGCAAGGACACCCAGAAACUCUUAGAAGUCUUGCUGAGAGAGAUACCUGCCGACAAGCUUGCCGGCCACUUCCACGACACGUAUGGUCAGGGCCUGGCCAACGUCAUGCAGGCCUACGAUAUGGGCAUCAGGACAUUCGACAGCAGCGUUGCCGGUCUGGGUGGUUGUCCCUUCGCCCCUGGUGCCAGGGGCAACGUGGCCACCGAGGACGUCGUAUACGCCUUUGAAAAGUCCGAUAUUAGCACCGGCGUGGAUCUUGAUAAACUCAUCACGACUGGGCAAUGGAUUUCCAAGGAAAUUGGAAUCCCUUACGGGAGUAGGGCUGGAGAGGCACUAGCCUCGAAACGCACCUCUACCAAUCACUCCGGCCAGGCUCCGAAACAGGAUCCCAAGACGGCGAGAUCGUGGAACGUGGUAGAAGAUACCGGUGAAUAUCGCAUUGCGCGCUCAGGUACGGCCAUGAAGAUUACGCUCACGCGGCCCAAGAACGGAAAUGCGUUGACGGAUUCCAUGCUGGAGGGCCUGACCAACGUUUUCAAGAAACUGGCGGACGACUCGUCCGUAUACCAUGUCGUUCUGGCGUCCGAGGGGAAAUUCUUCUGCACGGGCAUGGAUCUGAGCGGUAACACGAACACUUCAGAUGCGUCGCGCGAGUCCAGCUACUACUCAAAGGUGGUUGACUUGUACGAUGCCAUUGACCAUGUGCCGCAGACUACCAUCGCCCUGGUCGAUGGGCCUUGUUACGGUGGUGGUGUCGGACUUACAUUUGUGUGCGACGUGCGGCUGGUAUCUACACGCGCUUGCUGGACCAUGAGCGAGGUGAAGAUCGGCGUAAGUCCCGCAGUCAUCUCCAAGUACAUGGUUCGCGAGUGGGGGCUUUCGCUGGCGCGCGAAGCAAUGUUAUCAGGGCGAGAAGUCAGCCCUGACACGUUGGUGUCAGUUGGAGCCGUCCACGCCGUCGGCACGGACGCAGAAUCCUUGGAUCGGGUGCUUGACAAGUACCUCGCCCAGCUGGAGAAGUGUGCACCUCGAUCGGCUAGUAUCAACAAGGAGCUGGCGAGAUUGGCAUGGUCGGAUCCGGAAGGCCGGUCACAGGGGGAGGCUAUAGCCAAAACCUUUGCCAACAUGAUGGUGCAGGGCUCGGAGGGAGAGCAUGGCAUCAAGCAAUUCCAGAACAAAGUCAAGGAUUACAGCUGGCGAGAGUUUUGGGGAGAACGGAACCCCUUCAGCGAUAUCCGUACCAGCUCUACUAGAGUAUAG